AUGUCCCAAAUGGCCGACCCUAGCUUCGGAGUGCACAGAGACCUGUUGCCUCACAUUCACCUGGUCUCGACCUAUCGAUAUCCCGUUAAGGCGACCAUCCAGCCAAAUGAAGUCACUUCGCUGUUGAUGCAGGCUCCCAAGAUCGCACGCGACACGGCGCCGUUCUACUGGACUUAUAUCGACAAACCUGAGAAUGGCUCAAUCUUCCUCACAUGGCAGCCCCUGCAGCAGAUGAAUGUUCAACUUGCCAGUGACGGCUAUGUCUGGCCGCCGCAGGAGACGUACUAUCAGCAGGAAGUGGGCAAUGGUGUCAUCCUGGAGAUGUACCUGCAAAAGGCGGGCUUUGCCUAUGGAGAUCAGUACGCCAUGCACUCGCGUCGACGAUUCCGCCUAAUCCCCCCCAACGUUCCAAACCCGAAUGCGCCGCAAGUCGACCCAAGCCUGUGGAUUGUCCACUAUGGUCCAAACGAGCCCAACGACAGAAUCCAUGCGAGCCAACUGCCCAGAGAUAAUCGCACACAACAGAUACACGAGACACGCAGCUACCUUUACCGAUGCGGGCAGAUUCAGCGCAAGGAGUUCAUCCUCGGAGACCGCGCCAACUGGCCGCAGAUUGGGUGGCCGAGGGAGGCACCGAGACAGCCGGUCUAUGCUGGCAACAGAGGGGUACCGCAAUCAAUGGCUUAUCCUAGUCAAGCACCUACGCCUAGCGGGCCGCCCUCAAAACGAGCCAGAACAUCCCAAGCCGCACAUGCCCAAGGCGCGCCGCCCAUGGGCGCUCUAUCGCAUCAGGAUAGUGCCUACGAUGAUGACGAAGAUACGUCUAGAGGCGACAUGUUCGACCACCUGACCCCUCGAGAGAUCAGCCUGCACAGAUAUCGUCAAAACCAUGAGUGGAUGGAGGAAAUACUCUCGUCACCCUACAGCCUUGGCCAGAUAGGCUUUGCCGAUAUCGGCCUCGGGCUCAAGGGCGAGUUGUCCGGCCUGACUGAGGGCAUUUUUGAAUCCCAGGACUACAAGACAUUGGUCCAGCCUUCCACGGCUGAAGCCAAAACCCGCCUGGAUCCCGAGCAAGCUGCCGAAUUCCGCAAGCGCGUCAAUGACCGCAUUGCGUCUACCAACUCCGAAAUUGAGAAGAUGAAGGCCGAGCAUGCGCGGAAGCUGGCCCGUUUCAAGAACAACUCGAUCUUGACGAAGUCAGAGAAAGAGCUCCGCAGCACUACCGACGGCACGAGCAGAGAUGGCUUCAAUCUUGAGGGGCGGCCUGACGAGCACGGUGAAGUGCCUGGCCGUUGGCAAAACAAAACGACGAAGACAGUCGACGCCAUCAUCGCCUCGGUCGAAUCUCAGCUGGGUCGUCACGCGCAGGCUGUGAAUGAGUUGAGGAGAAUUCAGGCAGGCGGCUACCAAGAACCUGCACCUGAGCCAGUACCCGAGCCGGAACCAACUCCUGCUGUCCCUGCUGCAGAAUCAAUGACCGUAGGUGGUGGCACUUCCGGGAGCAACGCAAUGUCGCGCCAGGCAUCGCAAGCUGGUUCGAAUCACAGCGGCAUCAUGAUUGGCGAUUCUGACAUCGACAUGGGCGGAACUGCUGCGGGUCUUCUGGACCAGAUGUAUACCGGCAUGUCCUCUACUUCGACGCCAAACAACUUCCCGACCCCGCAAGCACACUUGUCUGCAGCGCAGUCUAACGCUGCGACACCAGUCAAUGUUGCUUCGCCACAAGCCGCGCCUCAGCAAGCCGGCGCGACCGAGGCUGCCGAUGUCAAGAUGGGUGAUUCUGAAGCACCGAAGGGCAACGAUGUGACAGCUGGGACCGUCCCCGACCAAGGCUCCGGGUCUGGUGACUGGGUUGUGGUUCCAAAGGAUGGGGCGACCCCAGGCAGUAAUGGUACAGGUGCCGGCACAGGCAACAAUGAGAACAACGCUGGUGACAGUGAGCCGCCCAAGCCGGCAGCGGCCAACCCGGCAUUGUCGAGUCAGCAGGCUUCUGCCGUGGGCACGCCAGCUGGCGCAUCCACGGGCGACUUUGUUGAUUUUGGAUCGCUUGGCGACCUCGACACAGCUGGAGAUGCACUCGCGGGCUACACGCCUGGGGACAUGACAGCCGACCUCGACCUUGGCACGGACAUGGACAUUUAA